AUGCCAAAUUUGGGUACCUUUGUACCCUCCUUGGCUUCUUUAACAGUAUAUGUUGUGUCAUUUCUUGGUCUACUCCCAUUUAUAUGUAAGGACAUGAGGUAUUCACUUUACUUUCGCAGUCCCUUUCAUAACUCAUCUGUUGAAAUGGCUUACCAUUUAAGACAAAAUGACUUGCGAGUCACAGCUGCAUCUAAAUUUUGGGAUUCACUUCAUCAAAGGAACUUGACUCUUGGCUUCAGUAAUCCUGCAAAGGAUCAGCUUAAUGUUGACAUUGAUGUCAUGAUUAUUUCAGCUUCUCGGCAAAGCCCAUUACUUGUUAGAAAUAAUCCAAGGUUCUUAACUCAGAUUUUAUGGCAGUUUGUUGUCAUUUUGAACAGUACAGAGACAAGAUCAUUGCCAUGGAAAAUAAGAUUAUCAGUAUGUGAUGUUGAUGACAAAGGCCAUGAAGAAGCCAAAGGCUUUAGCUCCACAGUGCAUUAUUAUAAGCGCUUUUCUGUAGAAGCACAAAACUUACCUCAAGUGAAUAUUAAAGAAAAAGAGAAGCAAGACUAUGCAUUUUGUUUGGAAGAAAGCCUUAAGACCAAACCAAAGUUUGUACUGUUGGUUGAGGAUGAUGCCUUUCCUCACCCUCAGCUGUUUGAAAUCUUGUAUUAUGUUCUUGAAACUAGAAAAAAGGCAAUGGAGUCACGUGUAUCAACCUCCAAUGUCUUGUUUUAUAAACUUUAUCAUCCAGAAAGACUUCUUGGAUUUUGGAGUUUAGAGCCAGAGCGCAUUCCCCAACUGGUCAGCUUUGCUGUGUUCUUUGGUAGCUGUGUAACACUUCUAUUGAAUUUUGUAAUGUUAUGCAUGAGAGGACGCUGGAAACGCAAGUCUAGUAUCCAUAUAAUCUGGUUUUGGGCAAUAGCGUACUUCCUACUGAUGGCUAUUUCAAUUAGCAGGCAACAUAUCAUUGAAAUGCAGUAUAUCUCAAAGAGGUUCUUUACAGUUAGUCCCACACCCUCCUGUUGUACUCCUGGAAUGUUAUUUGUGGCCGAUGAAGCUAAGCAAUGGUUGCAUUACAUGAAAAAUCAUAUUUGCUCACAAACUUAUGGCAAGGAUAAAAUGUUAGAUGAUUAUCGACAACGACAUCACGUGAAAGGAUUGAUUGUACAACCUAACUUGUUUGUACAUAUUGGUUUCUUUUCAACUCUAAGCAGGAAGUUUUUGCACCCUUCACUUAUGUACUAUCCAAGCUGGUUCAAGCUCUAUUAA